AUGUCCGUGACCCUCUUUCAGGCGAUGUCUGCUCCUCCGAGGGCAGAGGGUGUCGAUUUUUGCAGAGCUCACCCACUGGAUUUACGCCUUGAUGGAGCGGUGCUGGUGACUGGGGCUACUGGCUUUGUUGGUGGUGGUAUUCUGUUCUCUUUGUUGUCCAGAGCCGAAGAAUUGGGUCUCACAAAGAUCGUUCUGAUGGUGCGUCGGCGCGCGGGCAAGACAGUGGAAGAACGCCUGCAGAAGCUCAAGGAGAAUUCGAUGUUUGAUGGCCUCCGCGAGACCUUUGACCAGCUAGUGGUGGGUUUGGAAGGAGAUGUAUCUCAACAAAAUUUUGGCUGGAAGGAGCAUGAAAAGAGUUGGCCACAUCAGGAACGCUUGAAAGCAGUCUUACAUUGUGCCGGCGAUGUGAGAUUCCAACAACCAAUGCAGCAAGCGGCCGUUUCUUUGGUGUCCGCGACGCUGCAGGUGCAACAGUUGGCCUCACAAUGGAGGUCCAAACGCUUCCUCUUCGUCUCAACGGCUUUCGUCCAUGCUGUGCCACCCAGCAGCACUGAAGCACUGGAAGAGAAAUUGGUCGAGUUGCGGGAUUUUGAUGCGAUGGAACUUUACCGUGAUGCCAUGUCGCACGGGAGCUGGGCAAAGACUGCGAUGCGUGAGCUGGGUUUUCCAAACACCUACACCUUUGCCAAAGCCAUUGCUGAACAUUUGGUGAUUCGAGCCUGUGAGGCAGAUGAAUUGGAUGUGAGAAUUGUACGACCCUCAAUCGUUGGGCCCUCCUGGGCUUUCCCUUACACUGGAUGGGCUGGCGACAAGCCCUCCACCAUUGUUGGCGCUGGCGCCCUUCUGGCCAGACGUGGAGUGCGAGUGUUCCGUGAUGGUUUUGACCAUCCAUGUCCAGUGGUUCCGGUGGAUAUGGUGGCCGAUCUCACUGUCAGGGCCUUGUGUGGAGCCUCCAAUGCGGAGUUUGAGCUGGGCUUCAUGUCGAAGCUACUGAGAGCCAGUAGCAAUGCCACCGUGUUCUACUAUGCCAACAGCAUUCUCAACGUUUUUCCAAUCCAUUUUCUUGAUGCUGUACGCAUUUGUUUGGAACGGAUCUUCUCCAUGUUCGGCCAAAAGUUGAGCAAGGAGUUUUCAACCGUGGUCCGGGUUCUUGUCUCAUGCCGCAGCCUGCCAAUGGACUACCAUCCCUUUUCCAGUCCGUCAACACCCUGGCGAUUCAAAUCGUGCCUCCGUUUGGCUGAAGAAUGGGAUCUCUUUGAGUAUGUCCUGAUUUGCGGUCGGGCGGCCUAUGCCUUUGCUUUGAACCCGUUGCAAGGACCGGAACGUGGUUAUGCCAAGGAGUUCUCUGAGAUACGUAUUUGCUCCAAAGAGACAGCCAUGACUGAUGCCUUGUUGGCCUUUGUCCAUCCUGAAGCCUCAAUUUUCUACUCCAUCGCAGCCUUUGUAGUUCGGCUGGGUCUCAGUUGGAUCAGCCUUACUGUGACGGUGGACGGAACAUCUUUGUCCUCAAUUACCAGCCUUGAUGCGCCAUUGGUAUUGUGUCCUCAACAUCGGUCUGUCUUGGACUUUGUCAUCAUUGGUUUGAUGUGCUCUCAGCUCCAGCCUUUGCUGCCACUGCAUUUGCCUCACGUGGCCGCAGACGCAGAGUUCUCGAAUUUGCCGGUCUUAGGAUGGGCUUUGAGUGGUUUGGGUGCUUUCUUCGUGCGUCGUGGAGGUGGUGCCGUGCAGCCGGACCCCGCCUUGCGCGCCAAGGUGGGUCGAGUGUUCCAGAGCGGGCGCCCCCUGGAGGUCUUCCUGGAAGGCCUGCGUUCCCGCGGCCGCCGGCAGCUCCGCUUGCGGACAGGGCUCUUGAAAGCGUUGCGGGAUAUCUCACAACGAACCGUGGCACUGGUGCCUUUGGCCAUGUCUUACGAGUUGCUCCCCGAGGAUGAGAGUUUGUACAAAGAGAUGUGUGGCCUUCCGCGAGAUCCUCUCCGUACCUUGGACCUGCUCUUCUGGGUCGUCCGAGGCCUGAAGGAUGAGCUGCCGCCCGUGGGCGAGGCCUUCAUGAGGCUUAGCACCCUCCACUGCCGAGCCUUGAGCGAGUUCUUGCAGCAAGAUAUGGACAAGGUUGGACGAUGGGCUGUGGCCGGUCAACGCGCCGAGCCGAAGAAGCAAAGCAUGAGCUCCUCCUGUCAAGCUGUUCUGCGCGAGUGUGAACGAUGGCCCCUGCUGCUUCAAGCGGCCACGUUAACGCCUUUGCGACGGCGCUUGCCACGGCCUUGGGCCAAGUGGCUGGUGGAAGGGCCAGAUGAUUCAGGUCCCCAAGAGAAGCAGCAAAGUUUGGACGAGUUGGCCACUGCCCUUUGUGCCCACUUGACUGCCGCUGAACAAGCAGCACAGAACUGCAUUGAUGCUCUGCGGAAGAAUGGCAUCGUUGAGGUCACGGAGGAACACCUGGUGCAGGAGACCAAACCACUUCUAAGUCCUUUGGUGCCUUCGGCGGUGUCACGACACUUGGGCGCUUUCUUUGUGCUGAAUUCGAUUGCAGACACCAAGUUCAUUGCACAAUACGUGGAUGGUCGGCCAGCGGCACAGAUCACCUCGCAGAGGUAUAAGGCUUUAGGCCAACAGCCCAUGUACCGACUCUGGGAGCUCUUCCAAAGAAAGCUUUCAGUGCCAUUGACUGUGCGAGAUUUGAUGCCUGAGCGCCCCAUGCCGGAUUUGCCAAAGCCGGCGGAGGGCUUGGAAGAGAUCCUGGCCGCUGUGCUUCCGCAGGAGGGACGCGUGCGGAUGGAUGCGGACGCGCGGCUUCGUGCAGGUACAGGCCAUGGCUUAGCAGACAUUUGGCGGCUGCGUACAAGGCUGUUGGAACGCUUUCCAGAUGCAGUAGUACGUCCUGAGACCGAGGAAGAAGUGCAGGCCUUGUUGAAUGCAGCGAUGUCCUACAACCAUGGUGUUGGCUUUGGCAUCAUUCCUGUGGGUGGGCGAACAAACGUCACUUCUGCGACCAAAUGUCCAUCUACAGAAGUUGACUCAAGACCAAUGGUAUCGCUGGACAUGCGUGGCCUUUCCAAAGUUCUUUGGGUAAACGCAGAAGAUGGAGUUGCCAUGAUAGAAGCAGGAAUUACAGGCAUGGACCUAAAGAAAUCCUUGAAGAAGCACGGCGUGACCAUGGGCAUGGAGCCAGACUCCAUGGAGCUUUCGACCUUGGGUGGCUGGAUAGCAACACGAGCCAGCGGCAUGAAGAGAGCGCGGUAUGGCAACAUCGAAGACAUGGUUCUGGAGGUUCGUCUCAUCACUCCAGGCGGUGCCAUUUGGCAGCGCCAUGGUGAUCCAAAGGCUCAGGCAGAAACAGCCAUUGGAAGAGCUUCGACCAACAUCGGUCUCCCGGCCAUGGUACUGGGCAGUGAAGGGUGCCUUGGAGUGAUCACUUCUGCAGUGGUGAGGGUGCGGCCUUUGCCUCAGGUUGUUGAGUACCAGAGUGUCGUUUUCCCAGACUGGGACCGUGGUGCCAGCUGGAUGAGGGAGGUGGCACGCAUGCCCGCAGGGUUGCGGCCGGCUUCUUGCAGGCUCAUGGACCAGAAUCAGCUGCAGCUAGCACAAGCCUUGAAGCAAGGCUCAGAGGAAAUCAGUGCAUGGCAGAGCCUUCGCAACAGCUUGAAAGAUGCUUUCUUGCACUGGAAAGGCAUCUCUUUGGAAGACGCUGCAGCAGUUACAUUAGUCUUUGAGGGCCAUCGAGCUGAAGUCAAUCUGCAGAAGAAGGAGAUCUCGAAGCUGGUGAGUAUGGCCGGAGGCCUGUGGGGUGGCGCUUCAGCCGGAUCGGCUGGAUACACCCUCACCUUUGCAAUUGCUUACUUGCGAGACUUCGGUUUGGACUAUCGCAUCCUCUCGGAGUCUCUGGAGACCAUGGUGCCCUGGUCUACAAUCCAUGAAGUCUGGCCAGCAGUGAAAAUGGCGGUGCAAAGGGAACACCGCCAGCUGCGCUUGCCUGGCAAGCCUUUCAUGUCUUGUCGCAUGACUCAGCUCUACGAUGAAGGCGGGGUCCUGUACAUGUACCUCGCCAUUUGCACUACGGGGCUCGAAGCGCAAAGCGCUCUUGCGGCCUUUGAGAGCUUGGAGCAUGCAGCUCGGUGCGCCAUUCUCAAUGCAGGUGGCUGCCUGAGCCACCAUCACGGGGUUGGCAAGCUCAGAGCUUCGUUACUGCCUGAGACCCAAUCUCUCGUUCUCACACAAGCCUUGAGAAACUUCAAAAUGGCAUUGGAUCCUUCCAAUGUCUUGGCUGCCAGAAAUGGCACCUGGUGCACGACGGCUCUCGAGGGCUCAGACUCGCAAAGCCUCGCGAGCGAUGCUCACGAGUCGGAGGAUUGA